AUGACCAAGCGUGCUGCGUCCGAAGCAUUCUGUGGCGAAGAGGGUCAGUAUCUGGCAUCAGACAAUGUGCUGCAGGAACAGAAGCGUCAACGCAAGGCGCAGUACAUGCAAGAACAUGACGUGAAGAGAAGACGAGAGCGACAAGCUGGUUAUAUGCGGAACUACAGGGCAAAGCAAAAGCGCGGUGUGGACACGGAGGGUACCGGGAAUGUCGGACCAACAGAUCGCAGUGGAGCAGGGCCGUGUGGACAAGCUAAUGGUGAUAUUAGUAUCAAUGACCGUUUGCAAGCGCUGGCAGAAUCGAUACUGCACAAGCACGACAUUUCUGGAGAAGAACUUUCGUUGAUGAUGAAAGGGCAGAAUUUCACCAGUGAUCCAAGGUUGGCAUUAGCCUACUAUUACUGUUGUGCCGGACAACCCGAUGCGUUCGUCUUCAACGACGAACAUGUUCGUGAUGAUGAAUUGGUCAGAGAGCGGUUGUUGAAUGCCAUGGAUGCACCGCCAGGUUUACCGGAAUAUGAGCGCUGUCAGGCGUCUUCAGCCGCAAGUGAUCCAGCAAACUUCAAAGAGUUCGCCAAGCGCUAUGGACAUUUAUCGAUGGGUACUUGCGAGACACAGAGCGCGUUCACUUAUGCUCGAAGUGUGCUUACAACCCACGAAAAUCCAAGUUCAGUAUUGCGAAUGGUCAUGACUAUGGACGUUAUGACUCGCUCCCCGACUUGA